AAGAUCUGUCUGCUGUUAAAAAAUACCAACUCCUCCUCUUCCUGUCUGUUGGGUUCAAUACAAUUAUGCUUCAUUUUGCGUCAUUAAUUACGUCAUUAUUUCUCCGACAACUCCCUCCAAUCCCCUCCCUCCCCGUGGCCACUUCUUAUCCCUCCAAAUAAUGUUAUUUUUCUCUCAAAUUGAAAAUGAUGCCACUAAAUAAUUAAGCUCUCAAAACUUUCAUAUUCAUAUAUCAAUGCUCAUAUUUCUUCCUCUUACAGCUCCCACUCCCACACCUUACAUAAUUUUAAUUUCAUCAAUCAUCUUCUUUAUCAACAAACUUAGCUAGAGGUCUACUACUAUAGUAACGUUUGUAUCACAUAUCUAUAUACUCAUCAUCGUUGUAGAAAGAAAUUUGAAAUAAUGGGGACGGAGCAUGAGAAUCGCUUGGAAUACGACGAGACAGAGCUGAGGUUAGGGUUGCCCGGUGGAGGAAGUGAGAAGAAUAGUGGGUGUUUGAAGAGAGGCUUUUCUCAAACUAUUGAUUUGAAGCUCAAUUUGAACGCAUCCAUGGCUUCUUCUUCAUCAACUCCGCAUCAUCAACUUGUCAAACAAGAGGAGAAGACUGCGAAGCCACCUGCAAAGGCCCAAGUAGUAGGUUGGCCACCAGUUAGAUCCUUCAGAAAGAACAUCCUGGCCGUCCAAAAGGACGGCGGCGGCGGCGUUGCGGCGGCAUUUGUGAAAGUGAGCCUAGAUGGGGCGCCGUACCUCCGGAAAGUGGACUUGAAAAUGUAUAACAGCUACCAACAACUCUCUGAGGCCCUAGGAAAAAUGUUCAGCUCCUCUACAAUUGGCGAUUGUGGUUCUCAAGGGGUGAUGAGUGAGAGCAAAUUGAUAGACCUUUUGAAUGGGUCUGAUUAUGUGCCUACUUAUGAAGAUAAAGAUGGAGACUGGAUGCUUGUUGGAGAUGUUCCAUGGGAGAUGUUCGUUGAUUCAUGCAAACGUCUCAGGAUAAUGAAGAGUUCGGAGGCCGUUGGGCUAGCACCAAGAGCAGUGGAGAAGUGCAAGAACAGAGCGUAAAAGGGUUUUGCUACAAAAUAAUGUCCUAGUUAGAUAGUUAUAUUUUGAUUUGUAUGCUUAAUUUUGUUGGCAGAGGCCGUGUGUGAGUGUAUAAAAAGUGGAUAAUUUUCCAACAUUAAUGUACUCAGUUAUAGGGUUGUCAUA